AUGCCCUACGACGUGUUUGGUGCUGUACCUGAGGAGUAUGUGUUUGUGGGGAGGCCACAGGAGGACAUUGACUUGUAUUUCAUGUACAAACCAAAACUACCCCAAACCGCCACGUUGCGGGUGCUUGCAUUCCCAUUCGCCUCCCACGCAAGCCUCCUCCUAGGCCUUCUCCGCCGCCUGGCCACUGCGGCCCCGGCGGUGAUAUUUUCAUUCUUCAGCACAGCCAAAUCCAACCGUUCAUUAUUCUCGGCACCAACCCCAGAAAACAUCAAACCCUACGACUUGUCUGAUGGUGUCCCAGAGGGGUAUGUGUUUGUCGGGAGGCCACAGGAGGAUAUUGACUUGUUCCUCAAGGUGGCGCCGGAAGAGUUCAGGAAAGGUGUGGCGGCGGCUGAGUCGGAGAUAGCGAGGAGAGUCAGCUGCGUGGUGGCCGACGCGUUUCUGUGGUUUUCCGGCGUGUUGGCGGAGGAGAUGGGUGUUCCAUGGGUGCCGCUUUGGCCUUCUGGUGCUUCUUCGCUGUCCAUUCAUUUUUUCACUGACUUCAUCAGGGACACCGUUGGAGUGACCAGCACUGCAGGACGUGAAGAUGAAAUCCUUACAUUCAUUCCUGGAUUUUCUGAACUACGCAUUGGAGAUUUGCCUAGUGGGGUCCUCUCUGGAAACUUAGAAUCACCCUUCUCAAUCAUGCUACACAAAAUGGGUCAAAUCCUCCCCAAAGCAAAGGCAUUGCUCGUAAACUCCUUUGAAGAACUAGACCCCCCCUUAACGAAAGACCUCAAAUCAAAGUUCCAAAAUUUCCUCAAUAUUGGCCCCUUCAACGUCAUCUCAUCACCACCCUCCUCAAAUUCCGAUGAUCACGACUUGUACCUGUGGUUGGACAAGCAAAAACCAACGUCCGUAGUGUAUAUUAGCUUCGGAACCGUGGCUACGCUGCCGCCACCGGAGCUGAAAGCAUUGGCUGAGGCACUUGAAGCAAGUGGUACUCCAUUUAUUUGGUCACUUAAAGACAGAUUAAAAGUUCAUUUACCAGAAGGGUUCGUGGAAAGGAUGAGAGAGAAUGGGAACAUAGUGCCAUGGGCACCCCAAGUUCAAAUAUUAGCACAUAGUUCAGUUGGGGGUUUUAUUAGUCAUUGCGGAGCGAACUCAGUGUUGGAGGCUAUUCCUGCUGUUGUGCCUAUUAUUUGCAGGCCUUUUUUUGGGGAUCAGCAGCUAAACGCAUGGAUGGUUGAAAAGGUGUGGAAAAUUGGUCUGAGGGUUGAGGGUGGGGUGUUCACAAAAGGUGGUAUAGUGACGGCCCUUGACUUGGUUUUGGGUCAGGAAAAAGGGGAGAAAUUGAGGGAGCAAAUUGGAGUGUUUAGAGAGCUUGCUCUAAAGGCUGUUGGGCCAAAUGGGAGCUCAACUAAGAAUUUUAAAACUUUGAUAGAGGUGAUCACAACUAGUAACCUUUAA